AUGACCAUGGCUGAUAACCGCUCAGACUCCGAAGGUGGCUCCCGGGCCAAGCGCCAGAAGAUGGACGCCGGCGACCCAAAGAACAACCCUUACCUGGCUCACAUGUACGAGAACGAUGACUCCAGCAAGAAUUCGUCCCUGGCAAAGUUCAAACGCCACCAGACGACUGCCGCAAUGGCAAAGAAGGCCGAGGACGGCGAGAUCAACCCUUUCAGUGGCCGUCCCUACUCUACCAAAUACUUCUCGAUCUUGAAGACUCGUCGUGACCUACCAGUCCAUGCGCAGCGCGAUGAAUUCCUGCAACUCUACCAGCAGUCGCAAAUCCUGGUCUUCGUUGGUGAGACCGGUUCCGGAAAGACCACUCAGAUCCCACAAUUCGUCCUCUUCGAUGACCUUCCCCAGACCCAAGGCAAGAUGGUCGCUUGUACACAGCCGCGUCGUGUUGCCGCCAUGUCCGUCGCACAGCGUGUCGCAGCCGAGAUGGAUGUCAAGCUGGGUGAGGAAGUCGGUUACAGUAUCCGUUUCGAGGAUAUGACCGGCCCUAAGACCAUCAUGAAGUACAUGACUGAUGGUAUGCUGCUUCGUGAGGCUAUGAACGACCACAACCUGUCGCGCUACAGCACAAUCAUGCUUGACGAGGCUCACGAAAGAACUAUGGCCACCGAUAUUCUGAUGGGUCUUCUGAAGGAAGUUGUGGGUCGUCGCCCCGACUUGAAGAUCAUUAUCAUGUCCGCCACUCUGGAUGCGCAAAAGUUCCAACGCUACUUCAUGGACGCACCUCUUCUCGCAGUUCCCGGUCGUACCCACCCCGUCGAGAUCUUCUACACCCCCGAGCCAGAGCAAGACUACGUUGAGGCCGCCGUUCGCACUGUGCUGCAGAUCCACGCCACUGAGGGAGAGGGAGAUAUCCUUUUGUUCCUGACUGGUGAGGAAGAGAUUGAAGAUGCUUCACGCAAGAUUGCUAUGGAAGGAGACGAGAUGGUCAGAGAGGCUGAUGCCGGUCCUAUCAAGGUCUACCCAUUCAGCGCAUCUUCGACCCUGCACACCCCUCCUCGUCGCCCCGGCGGCCGACCUGGCCGUAAGGUCAUUGUCUCCACCAACAUUGCCGAAACCUCCCUUACCAUCGAUGGUAUCGUGUACGUGGUGGACCCCGGGUUCUCCAAGCAGAAGAUCUACAACCCCCGCAUUCGUGUCGAGUCACUCUUGGUUUCUCCCAUCUCCAAGGCCUCUGCUCAACAGCGUGCUGGUCGUGCUGGUCGUACUCGUCCCGGAAAGUGCUUCCGUCUCUACACUGAGGGCGCAUUCAAGAAGGAGUUGAUUGAGUCUACAUACCCUGAAAUUCUUCGGUCAAACUUGUCAUCCACAGUCCUUGAACUGAAGAAGCUCGGCAUUGACGAUCUUGUCCACUUUGAUUUGAUGGACCCCCCUGCCCCAGAGACUCUGAUGAGAGCUUUGGAGGAGUUGAACUACCUGGCCUGUCUCGAUGACGAUGGAAACCUUACUCAACUUGGUCGUCUGGCAUCCGAGUUCCCCCUCGACCCAGCGCUUGCCGUCAUGCUCAUCAGCUCUCCCGAGUUCUACUGCUCUAAUGAAAUCCUCUCCAUCACAGCCCUCCUGUCUGUGCCCCAGGUCUUUGUCCGCCCCGCUGCUCAGCGCAAGCGUGCCGACGAGAUGAAGAACCUCUUCGCUCAUCCCGACGGAGACCACCUGACCAUGCUGAACGUGUACCACGCCUACCGCGGCGAUGAAGCUCAGUCGAACCCCAAGCAGUGGUGCCACGACCACUUCCUCUCGCUGCGAUCCCUCCAGUCUGCCGAUAACGUGCGCUCGCAACUGCUCCGCAUCAUGGAGCGCGAGGAUCUCGAGAUGAUCUCCACGCCCUUCGAGGACAAGAAGUACUACGAGAACAUCCGUCGCGCCCUCUGCGCCGGUUUCUUCAUGCAGGUCGCCAAGAAGGACACCGGUGGCAAGAGCCAGUACCUCACCAUCAAGGACAACCAAAACGUCCUCCUGCACCCGUCCACUGUGCUGGCCCAUGAGGCCGAGUGGGUCCUGUACAACGAGUUCGUCCUCACAACAAAGAACUACAUCCGUACCGUGACGGCGGUCAAGCCUGAGUGGCUCUUAGACAUUGCCCCUACAUACUACGAUAUUAACAGCUUCCCCAAGGGCGACAUCCGCUCUGCCCUCACCCGGGCUUCCGAGCGUCUCCUUCGGAAGGAGAAGAUGCGUACCGAAAAGCGCCGCUAG